GACGAAGGCCAUCAGGAUCACGAAGAAGCUAUUGCCGUAUAACUACUGAUGCUGAAUUUACAUUUAGAUUUCGUCUUAACAAGGUGCGGUAGAGUUACUUUUAUCGGAAAUAAUGCCACAUGUAAAAGUAACCUGCAAUCGAAAUCAUGGAGUUGCACCACUUCACCAGUUACUCCUAACCCUCCGAUUUUAUGCAUUGGGUACAAUGCUAAUUUCUGUAGCGGAUUUCGUGGGAGUGUCAAAAUCGACCGCCAGCGUUCACGAUAUAUCUGGAGCUAUAGCCAUACUGUACAAUAAAUACAUUGUAAUGCACCCUAAUCAUGUAGACAAGUUUUUUCAAUAUGGUCAGUUCCCACGUGUCCUGGGUGCAAUUGACUGCACUCACAUACGGAUACAAUCUCCAAAUCACACGAUAGGCGAAGAGCUCAGAAACCGAAAAGGCUACUUUUCAUUAAAUAUUCAAGCCGUUUGUGAUGCUGAUUUGAAGUUUAUGAAUGUUGUAGCCCGGUGGCCUGGUUCUGCACAUGAUGCUACUAUAUUUAAUAAUUCUAUUUUAAGAGCUCAGUGUGAAGCUGGGACUUUUGGGAAUCGCUGGUUGCUGGCUGACAGUGCCUAUCCAAACAGAUGCUAUAUGUCGACACCAAUUUUAAAUCCUAGUACUAGAAAUGAGUAAAAAUGUAAUGAUGCACAUAUUGCAACUAGAAACCUUAUUGAAAGGUGUGUUACAUAACCAGAAGAAUUGAAAAUGUACAGUAUGAUAAUAUUCACUAUGGAUGUACCUAUCACAGUAGACAUUAUGGGUAUAGCUAGUGAUUUUUACUUCUAUAAGUAUAAUACACUAAACAAUAAUUAUCUUUUACAGAAACCUUCGGUGUAUCGAAGCGACGUUUUCUAGUGAUCUCAUUAUCUAUGCGCUUAUCACUAGAAAACAUUCAGAAACUUAUAAUAGCUACAGCAGUUCUACACAACAUCUGUAGAAUUCAUAAUUUGCAAGAAACCCCAGCAG